UUUUUUUUUUUUAUCGUUGUACUGUUUGAUCAUGGACGUUGUUGCCACUGCUGAAAAGAGUACUGAACAAUUCAUCCAAUUCUUUUACGGAAACUAUGAUAAGCAAAGAAGUGCUCUAGGCAAUCUUUACCGUGACAACUCUGCUAUUUUAUGGAAUGGCAACGCUUUCUCUGGUGCUCAACAAUAUUCAGAAUUCUUAGGACGUUUACCAGUAUCACAUCAUGAAUUAGAUGUAUAUGAUUGUCAUCCUAUAGCUGCAAUCACCAAUUCACUAGGUGCGACAGGUAUCUUGAUCAAUGUGACUGGAUCGGUGAAAUACGGCGAUCAUCCCAACAAAAGGACUUUUUCUCAAACGUUUAUUUUGGUGCCUGACGAAGUUCAAGCUGGAAACUAUUAUGUUCAAAGUGAUAAUUUUAGAUUCGUAUGAACUCUCUGAUACAUCAACUUCCUUCAUACGCAAAUAUAUAUUCCACACAAAAAAAUCACACCUACAUACAUACAUACAUACAAUACAUAUAUAAAUGACAAUUAUAACGACAAUUCACAACUAUAAACAAUCGUAUUCUUCGUUGUCUAUAACUUGGUUAUCUUUUUUUUUCAGCUAUUCCCAUUC